AAGUCUGGGCUUUCGCCCCAAAUUAUAGUCUACCAAAUGCGUCUGAUUGAUACAAACACAAUCGAGGUCAUCGAGUUCACCGACGAUAAGAUACCACAAUAUGCAAUCCUGUCGCACACCUGGGGCGCUGAGGAGGUCAGCUACCAGGAUAUGCAGCGUCUCGCGACAAACAGGAAACGCAAAUCAUGGGACCUUGGCAGAUCACCUUCCAGCUCAUCGACAGCAUCGGUUGCGAUGGCUAUCUUUGAAAUGUCGGGUUACAUCAAGAUCAAGGCCGCAUCACACUACGCGCGCGCCCAUGGCUUCCGCUACCUGUGGGUAGACACUUGCUGCAUCGACAAGACAAGCAGCGCUGAGCUUUCAGAGGCAAUCAACUCCAUGUUUGUCUGGUACCGCGAUGCUGCGCUCUGCUUUGCAUACCUGGAAGAUGUCCCGAACAGGCAACUCAAAGACAGUCGCUGGUUCACUCGUGGGUGGACACUGCAGGAGCUGAUUGCACCGCGCCAGAUGAUAUUUUGUUCUUCGAACUGGAAUGAAGUUGGAAGGAAGUCGUCUUCCAACUUUUGCGACUUGUUGGCGACCAUCACGGGGGUGGAUAGGAGGGUCCUCAGGGGUAAUAUUAAUCUCGACGAAAUCAGCGUUGCCAACCGUAUGAGAUGGGCCGCCAAUCGCAAAACGACACGACGUGAGGACAUGGCAUAUUGCCUGAUGGGUAUCUUUAGUGUCAAUAUGCCUCUGCUGUAUGGCGAGGGAGGCAUACGUGCAUUCAUACGUCUUCAAGAGGAGAUUAUGAAAGAUACCGAUGACCACUCCAUCUUCGCCUGGGCGGCCCAGCCCCUUAGCGACAACCCCCUUCACGGGCUUUUGGCAUCUUCUCCAGCCGCAUUCGCCGAUGCGCAAACGAUACGACUUCCUCCUCUUCAGACUUCAGACAGUGUCCCCAUGAGCAUGACUAAUCAGGGCCUGCGUCUCAAGGUGUUUCUUUGGUCAGUGCCAGAGUAUCUCGAUGACUUGAGGCGAUACCUACCGAGGGAUUCUGUCGUGACUUCUCAAGAGCUUUCUCUUCCUCUAGAUGGCUAUUUUGCCUUUUUGGAGUGUUCAGUCAUCGAGAAUGGCGAAUUCCUGUGUCCAGUCAUUCUGCUCCGCAACCUCUGGGGUGACCAGUAUGCACGAAUCAAUAUCGACAUGGUCUACCACUUGCGCGAUCCUAGAACAUACUCCUUGGACCGACCUGGCUCCGGCUACUGCUCAAUAUAUGUUAAGCGAAGCCCAAGGGAGAUAUUGCCCGACUUCAUCGUGGCUCUCGAAAAAGGUCUAGGAUCCUAUGAUGAUCGUAUCACAUUUGUCGAGCAAGCCCUGCCUCCCGAGUCUUGGGAUCCCGCCUCCUUCGUGCUGACCCCAAGACCGGUAGGUCCAUCGAAGACCACCGUCGCCACAAUACGUUUCGCUGACUCUGCUCGGAAAUCUUGCCUGGAUGUGUCUGUCGGGCUCAUCAAAGUCAGCCAUGGAUGGGAGCCGUGGUGCAGACAGAGCCAUCACGUUUCUCGCAGCCUGUGGGAUGUGCACAAGGAGCUCGUCGAUGCCCUUUGGAACUCGCAGAUGCCUCAACAGCUUUGGGAAGCCGGAGAUACGAUGGGGACAGUGGCUCAGACCAGGCUAACGACGCGUUACGGGAGGCCGUAUGUGCUUCUUGAAUUUGUACAAAGGUUCGAAAUAGAUGGCACUGAGAUUUUCCAGCCCGAGGACAACAUCAACGCAGCUAUUCAGACCGCUAUCGGUAUACAACCUUUGCCUAGCCUGGGCCCAGAGGUAUCAGGGCUUCAAGAAAGCUAG